UUACCACUUCACUACUGAAUGUUUACUAAUUGUGACAGAAUUUCUUAGAAAAAUCAGUUGUUUUAUACGUGAAUUGACCGGAAAUGCCAUCGAUUGACAUCUACUCCUUUCAUGUCAGUCCCUUCUGUCGAUCUGUUCUCAUGACUGCCAGAGAACUGAACAUUGAGUUGAAUAUCAUUCCCAUAGAUCCCGGCGCUGGACAACAGUUCAAUCCUGACUUUCUUAAGCUGAACCCAAGCCAUAGCAUCCCGACCAUAGUUGACGAGGGGUUUGUGUUA